AGAUGAAGAGGAGCGCACGGUCCUCCUCCUCAGUUGCAGCCUCCAAUUCAAGUGUGCGCGGGGAAAACAUGAUAAGAAGGAUUUCUGAGGACUAACAUACUGGAGAAAAAACCUUACGACGUAAAAAAAGAAAAGGAUUUUAGAAUGGGCAAACUGGAAGUCUCCUGACAACUGCAAGUGGAGUGUGUGUUUUUCUUAUUUAUUGAAUUGAUUCCAUCAUAAUGUGUGAGGCAUGGAUGUGGUUUGGGGACCAGCUUCUUUUCGCCACGGAAACAAGGACUGGCAAGUUACCAGCAUGAAUUACUAAGAAAAUAAAUCCUUUCAAUGUUAAAUACAACUCUGGAGGAAUGGCAAUGGUGAAAAGGAAGGGACAGUUCUUCUCCCUGCUGUACUUUAUGGCAGAGUUUUGGCUCACUUCACAGCAAGUUCUGAGAAUUGGGGGCAUCUUUGAGACCCUUGAAAAUGAGCCCAUUAGUGUUGAGGAACUAGCCUUUAAAUUUGCUGUAACCAACAUAAACAGGAAUCGGACUUUAAUGCCAAACACCACGCUGACCUAUGACAUCCAGAGAAUAAACCUAUUCGACAGUUUUGAGGCCUCGAGAAGAGCCUGCGACCAGUUGGGACUGGGAGUUGGGGCUGUUUUUGGCCCCUCCCACAGCUCAUCGGUCAGUGCGGUCCAGUCCAUUUGCAACGCCCUGGAAGUCCCUCACAUCCAGACCCGCUGGAAACACCCAUCAGUGGACAACAAGGACAGCUUCUACAUUAACCUCCAUCCCGAAUAUGCCUCAAUAAGCAGAGCUGUGUUGGACAUUGUGCAGUUCUAUAAGUGGAAAGCAGUCACUGUGGUUUAUGAGGAUGCAACCGGGCUGAUUCGCUUGCAAGAGUUGAUCAAAGCUCCAUCGAGAUACAGCAUUAAAAUUAAGAUCCGUCAGCUUCCAUCGGGAAGCAAAGAUGCUCGUCCUCUGCUGAAAGAAAUGAAGAAAGGGAAGGAGUUCUAUGUCAUCUUUGACUGCUCCUACCAAACAUCAGCUGAUGUUCUCAAGCAGAUAUUGUCCAUGGGGAUGAUGACUGAAUACUAUCACUUCUUCUUCACCACACUGGACUUGUUUGCCCUUGACCUGGAGCCCUACCGCUACAGUGGGGUCAACAUGACUGGGUUCAGGCUUCUGAAUGUGGAUAAUCCCAAAGUGGCCUCAGUGUUAGAGAGGUGGGCCAUGGAGCGACUGCAGGCUCCCUCCAAAGUCGAGACUGGAAUGAUGGAGGGAAUGAUGACCACUGAGGCGGCUCUGAUGUAUGACGCUGUUUACAUGGUGGCGGCCGCCUCACAACGCACCUCCCAGAUCACCGUCAGCUCCCUGCAGUGCCACCGGCACAAACCCUGGCGCUUCGGCUCUCGUUUUAUGAACCUGCUGAAGGAUGCACAAUGGAACGGUUUGACGGGACAAAUAAUUACAAACAAGACGGAUGGCCUACGGAAAGAAUUUGACUUGGAUGUGAUCAGCCUGAAGGAGGAUGGCCUGGAAAAGACAAUGUCGGGCAGCCGCCUGAACAAAGUGUGGAAAAAGAUUGGUGUGUGGAAUUCCCAAACGGGCCUUAAUUUAUCAGAAACCAACAAGGACUCUUCCACGAAUAUCACAGACUCAAUGGCCAACAGGACCCUUAUUGUCACCACGAUUCUGGAAAAUCCUUACGUUAUGUACAAGAAAUCUGAUAAGCCGCUAUAUGGGAACGACCGCUUCGAAGGUUACUGCCUGGACCUGCUCAAAGAGCUCUCCAACAUUUUGGGUUUCUCCUAUGAGGUAAAGUUGGUGUCAGAUGGAAAGUAUGGAGCUCAGAAUGACAAGGGGGAGUGGAACGGCAUGGUGCGAGAACUCAUUGACCACGUGGCUGACCUCGCCGUGGCCCCUCUCACCAUCACAUAUGUGAGGGAAAAGGUGAUAGAUUUCUCCAAGCCCUUCAUGACGCUGGGCAUCAGCAUCCUGUACCACAAACCCAACGGCACCAAUCCAGGAGUGUUCUCCUUCCUCAAUCCGCUGUCUCCGGAUAUCUGGAUGUAUGUGCUGCUGGCCUGCCUCGGGGUCAGCUGCGUGCUGUUCGUCAUUGCCAGGUUCACUCCAUAUGAGUGGUACAACCCUCACCCCUGUAAUCCAGACUCAGAUGUGGUGGAAAAUAACUUCACUCUGAUAAACAGUGUUUGGUUUGGAGUUGGAGCACUUAUGCAGCAAGGGUCUGAACUGAUGCCUAAAGCCCUCUCGACUAGGAUAGUUGGUGGGAUAUGGUGGUUCUUCACACUGAUCAUAAUCUCCUCGUACACGGCCAACCUGGCUGCCUUUCUCACGGUGGAGAGAAUGGACUCACCCAUCGACUCUGCCGAUGACUUGGCCAAGCAAACCAAAAUAGAGUACGGCGCCGUGAGAGACGGCUCUACUAUGACCUUUUUUAAGAAAUCUAAAAUCUCCACCUAUGAGAAAAUGUGGGCAUUUAUGAGCAGCAGGAAAAAUACAGCUCUGGUGAAAAACAACCGGGAGGGCAUCCAGAGAGUCCUCACAACCGAUUACGCGCUUCUGAUGGAGUCCACCAGCAUCGAGUACAUCAGCCAGCGCAACUGCAACCUCACACAGAUCGGAGGCCUGAUCGACUCAAAGGGAUACGGUGUGGGAACCCCAAUUGGCUCCCCUUACAGGGACAAGGUCACCAUUGCCAUCUUGCAACUUCAGGAAGAAGGGAAGCUCCAUAUGAUGAAGGAGAAAUGGUGGAGGGGGAAUGGAUGUCCAGAAGAGGACAGCAAGGAGGCCAGUGCCCUGGGAGUGGAGAACAUCGGGGGGAUCUUUAUUGUGUUGGCAGCCGGACUAGUCCUCUCAGUUUUUGUUGCGAUUGGAGAGUUUAUUUACAAGUCCAGAAAAAAUGUGGACAUGGAAGAGGUAAGUGUGGGCCAGUGCGAAUGGCACAACAAGUAUUAACACACAAGGCGACUCAAAGACGUUUGUGUACCUGUCCACACGUUUGUGUUGUCAUUGUCUACACACAGUUAUGGGUGGGCCAAUGAGAAUCUCCAGUAUGAAUGUGUGAAACUGCAUUGUUACAAUCAAAACAUACAUUUUUUCAUGUUUUUGGUAGGGUUUAUGUAGAGCACAUAAGUAUGACGAAUACAUUAGAAUCCCUAAGUCUGAAUCCUGACUUUUUGGUACUCGACCAUCUGAGCCUUGCUGUUUUUUUUGUCGUUUUUUUUUUGCUAAAGCAAUGUAAAAUUGUUGUGAGAGACCAGAAUGUCACGAUUAUGCCAUGACAUAGUGGGACAAAUAUAUAAUGUCAGAUGUUAUUACUAUAUUCUUUUUUAAAACCGCAGUAUGUUUGACAGGUUGUCCAUGUUUCAUUGACAGUUGUUUUUAAAUUGUUUAUGGAUGAGUGUUCCCUGAAAGUAAUAUUCAUGAGGUGGCUUUAUGUCUUUGAUUUCUCUGUUUGUUUUUUGUAUGAUAGCCAGGUGUUAAACAUGCAUGUCAUGCCGUGAUUGUUGCAGGAUUACUGAGGUUAUGUGAGAACAUGGCACCUUUUCUCUGCUGACUGUUGGUCCCACAGACAUUUCAGAUGUUGUUAAUGCGCAGAACUUUUGGGUUGCAUUAAAAAUAUCUAAGGUUAAGGAAAAUGUGUAUGUUAUUCAAACUUAGCAUUAUUUUCACAUUUAAUUUUGACAUAUUUUCAAUAUUUUUGAGAGAAUUAUUUCCUAAGAAACAAUACUUCUUUUGAAAACGGAGAGAUUAUGUCAUCAAUUACUUAAUCUUUUCAUGUUAUUGUUGUUUGCUUACACUAUAUACAACCUACUUUAUUUCACUUACUAACUUAAACCUUAUUUUUAUCUUCAGAGUUCUAUUUAAGACAUGCAGACAUGUUGCUUGCAAAGCUACCAGCUUCAGACUAACAAAAUAUUCCACGUUUGCAAAAUGUGUUCUUUCUGAAUCAAAGUUCUCUUUCCUUGCUCUGAGCUCUAAUCAAACCUGUAUUCACUGCUUGCGUGCUUAAACCUUUACACAACAUCCUCACCCAGCUCUGAUGUCGAACCUCAGCAGCCCUUUUUUUCAGUCUAACAGGUCAAACUGAGCCUUGCUAGUUUUGUUUAUGUUUGAUUUUAUUUGUGCCACGUUCAGGAUGAUGUCAGAGAAUUUUCAUGGCUAAGGACUGUUGAAUCAAUCAUUACCUCAAUGUAAAAGGCUUCUUUUUUUUUGCUAACACCUCACAAAGUACAACUACAAAAUACAUUUGCGAAUUAGGAUUUUUGACAGUAUCAGAGGCUUUGUUCCAAAAAAUGCCAGUUUGGGCUUGAAAGCGCAAGCAUCCGGCAUCAAAUCCCAAGAUUUUUGUUGUACCCAUUUAGCAAAGACUGGCCUGUGGGUAAAUAUGAAACCACCGUUUUGAUUGUCAGGUGUAUUUGUUGUAUGUGCACGGAUGAGAACAUUUUUCUAUUUAAAUAUGACGAGCUGUUUAUGUGAUUUAGAACUAAAAAAAUGUGUGAUCAUCCAAGGGGAAAGGGAAAGGACAAAUAUGUUUUAAUGUAGAUUUUCACCUAAUUUAAUAGGGUGUUUAUCUUUUUGAGACGCAGAAAUUGUAUGAUUCGUCAGUCAAAUGAACUCUUACAAAAACAAUGAAGAUAUUUUUUAAACCCUUAAAUGACUUUUGAUACAGGAUCAGAUUAUUGUCUUACUUGUCUUUUCUUUUUUUACUGUCACUGAAAAAGGGGAUCUGAUAUCUCUUAUGUCUACACUGCUUGAUAAUGUUGGAGAAAAUGGGGAGGGGAGGGAAAUUACAUUAUUUUAAGAAAAUAUAAAAGUUACUGAGUUGAAUUACUAUUUCACUGCUGUUCUGUACAGUUAUCAAUAAUAAUGAAUCCCAGCCCUUCUAAAAUGUUUGAAAUUGUUCACAAAGCAGCUUUGUCCACCACCGGCCUCACUGACUCAAAUAAAAAGCUGAAGUGCAUCUUCUAACUAAGUUCUUUGGUCCAAACACUCGUUGGAUUGGUUUUAAAUUGACCAGCCCUCCGUUAUAAAACAAGUGGGUC